GACCGUUAGCUUAUUAAGAAGGCUGAAGUAAACAAUUUCGGAUGCUUAAAAGUAUGCUUAAUAAGCAGCAACGCCUCUUAAGCGGUGCUUAAUAACCGAUCGCUCCCCCCAUGUAUUAUAUAGCCGACGAGUUAAGCAUUUCAAUAAUGACCCGUGUGCCCUUAUUUUAUUGCUUCUGACAUUUUUAUUUACAAUUGUGUCCUUCCCUAACCCCUCCCACCAUUUCCCAUUCCUACGACACAUUUCACUCUCCCCAGACCUCCUCUUCGAAAAAACAAACACAUCUCUGAAGUCUCUCAAUCGUUCUCACUUCGAAACCCUCAAUUCUUCAAUACCUGUGAAGCUCGAACAGUAUAUUAUGUCGCAACAAUCAACCCAGAUGGCACAUGUUGCAAAAGGCACAAGAAGGAAAUGGACUGCCCAAGAAGAUCAAACUCUUGUUAAUUGUAUGGUCGAAUUGCAUACCCAUGGCACACAUAAUGGAAAAAAAGGAGGCUUUGAAGCAGGUUAUUUAAGUGAGCUAGCAAAAAUGAUGUCACAGAAGUUGCCUCAUUCUCACUUGGAAGCUAAACCACACAUUGAAUCUCGUAUAAGAACAUUGAAACAAGUUUGGCAAGAGUAUUAUGACUUGUUAAAUGGCCGCACUGCCUCACUAAGUGGAUUUGGAUGGGAUCCUAUAUCCAAAAUGAUCACUGCCUCUAAUGAAGUGUGGGAAGCUAUUGCUGAGAGUAAAUCUAAAGUUGGAGCUUUAAGACGAAAAAGUUUGUGGUACUAUGAACAAUUUUGUGCUAUUUAUUCUGUGGACCGCGCUACUGGAGCAACUGGGAUGGAAUGUGAAGACAUGGUUCAAGAAAGUGAAUUUGAUCCAGCUUUUGAAUCACAACACAUGCAAGACGUAAAUGAUUCCUCCGUUUCUGGUGUUGCAAAUAAAAAAACAUCAAAGAGACCUGCAACAAGUGACAAUGACACUCCACAGAGUAGUCUUAACUCUUCUACCUCCAAUAGUCGUGGCAAGAAGAAGGGUAAGAGUAGUUCAAGCAUUGACAGUUUCUCAACUUAUGUAGAGGCGGCUUCUAUUCAACUUGAAAAGGCGGGAUUGGAAAUGUCAAGGGUGGAUACAGAUAUAGCAGAUAAGACAUCACGUCUCCCAAUUGCUUUAGGCGCUCUCAAAGGCAUGACUUUACCUAUGAAAUUUAAGAUCAUGAAGAAAAUGGGAAAAAACCAAAGUGAGUUGUUGUACUUCUAUGGUUUGCCAGAUGAGGAAAAGAUGGAUUGGUGCAAGUGGUGUUUAGAAGAUGAAUCAUGAUUUAUUGCAUCGAUGGAUGAAACAUGGCGUUUUUUAUAUUUAUGUUCUUAGAGUGACUAUCCUUAUGAUACACUGUUAUCAAUUUCUAUUUUGCAUUUGAACCAUAGUAGCAGUUCAUUACGCAUGUUACCAUUUGAGCGUGUUUAUUGUCACUUUAUUAUUUUGUUAUGAUUUCGAACAAGGGUAUUGUUUUUUGAGUUUGACAAUAUUGUUAUGCAAGCACUAGAUGUAUGUAAUUUUCCCAUCAAGGACUUAGCUUUAUACAAGACAGAAUCUGUUUGGAG